AUGAAUGCCUUAAUACACAAAUCCAACUCAAAGACCAGCUCUUUCUCGGAGACGAACCAAUCGCUGGACUCUUCGCCACAUCUGUACCAAAGUGUGCAUCGGAUCCACUCAAGUGAAGAGCUGUUUGUUGUGAAAUACAAGCCAACCGGUGAGGAAUACGCGCUCAGACGGACCAAUUUAGAGACCGCUCACAGUCUCGAGUUUGUGGUCAACGAUAUUAAGUUGACAUGUCUUCUGAAGCACAAGAAUCUGUUGCCUAUUCUGUGCUCAUUCGUGAGCGGCUGUCAGUUGUGGACAAUCACUCCUUUGGCACACUUCGGGUCCGCCAGUGAUCUCUCCAAACCCAACGGUCUUUCAGAGUUGGCCAUCGCUUUCAUAGUACGGGACGUAUUGUCGGCUUUAGUAUAUCUUCACAAACGAGGAAUCAUUCACCGGUCGAUCCGCGGUUCUCAUAUCCUCGUGACGGCACCUAAUGGUCGGUGUCUUCUCUCAGGACUGAAGCACUCGACCAGUUGUAUGAUUGACGGCAAAUGGCAGACAGCUAUACACCACUACCCGACACAUCCCGAACCGAACCUCAAUUGGUUGGCGCCGGAAGUACUCGAGCAGAACCUCUUAGGAUAUAACGCAAAGUCCGAUAUCUAUAGUCUGGGCAUCACUUUAUGCGAGUUAUCCAACGGUUGUGUUCCCUUCCAAGACGUCGAGUUGACGGAAAUGCUUUUGGAUAAACUCACCGCUCAUUUCCCGCGACCACUGGACUCGACGUGUCCUGAGAUCAGUGACCUCUCGACUGAAGAAAUGAGUGAAGAGAUUAGACAUAAAUACGAGAUUUACAGAAACAGAACAUAUAGUCAAUGGUUUCAUAAGUUUACAAUAGAUCUCUGCCUCAACUUUGAUCCGUUGCUCAGUGUCCAAUCAUUGAAGAAUAACAUCAAUGGCGGCAGUUCUUCGUCAGACGAGAACUUAGUGAAACUCAAUGAUUAUGACGAGUCUCGCAAUGAUUGGAACUUUUCGUAA